AUGGUUCAUCACAAAGUAACAAUUAUUGGUUCAGGUCCAGCUGCUCAUACCGCAGCCAUCUAUUUGGCUCGUGCUGAAAUCAAGCCAACUUUAUAUGAAGGUAUGCUUGCAAACGGUAUCGCUGCAGGUGGUCAGUUAACCACAACUACUGAAAUUGAAAAUUUCCCAGGUUUCCCAGAAGGUUUAACUGGUAGUGAACUCAUGGAAAGAAUGAGACAACAAUCUGUUAAAUUCGGUACUGAUAUAGUCACAGAAACCGUCGCUAAGGUGGAUCUUUCUUCCAGACCAUUCAAGUUAUGGACUGAAUUCAACGAAGAUGCUGAGCCAAUCACUACAGAUGCUAUUAUCAUGGCUACCGGUGCUUCUGCCAAGAGAUUACACCUUCCAGGUGAAGAAACUUACUGGCAACAAGGUAUUUCCGCAUGUGCUGUCUGUGACGGUGCUGUCCCAAUCUUCAGAAACAAACCAUUAGCCGUCGUCGGUGGUGGUGAUUCUGCAUGCGAAGAAGCCUCAUUUUUAACCAAAUACGGUUCUAAAGUCUACAUGAUUGUCAGAAAAGAUUAUCUAAGAGCCUCCACCAUCAUGCAGAGACGUGUCGAGAAAAAUGAAAAGAUUGAAAUUCUUUACAAUUCUGUUACUUUAGCUGCUCAAGGUGAUGGUAAAUUAUUAAAUUCAUUGAAGAUUCAAAAUACAACCAAGUCUCAAGAGUCAGACUUACCAGUCAACGGUCUUUUCUAUGCCAUUGGACACAACCCAGCUACCGAUAUCGUAAAGGGCCAAGUCGAUACCGAUGCUAAUGGUUACAUCAAGACUGUCCCAGGUAGCUCAUUGACCUCUGUCCCAGGUGUCUUUGCUGCUGGUGAUGUCCAAGACGCCAGAUACAGACAAGCCAUCACUUCUGCUGGUUCCGGUUGUAUGGCUGCCUUGGAUGCUGAAAAGUACCUUUCUGAACUAGAAUAG